AGAAUUUUCAAAUUUGACUUGAUCCUUCUGUCUUUGAAACCCCCUGACAAUACUCCCUAAAAUUCUUUCAAAACCAAAGCCUGAGUAGGGAGGAGAAUGGGGGCUGUGUGACUUUGUUUUCUCUGUUCUCCACUACUCAUUUCCGGGGCAUUGCUGUGAAUUGUUCAUCCAAAGCCUUGCUCCCCAUGAGGAGGGGACCAUUUGAAUAGCAGCAGGGGAGUAGAGGAAGGAGGAACCACACGCCGGGUUCGUUCAUUAAGAAAAUAUAUUUGGCAUAUUCAGACAAUGGUUUGAGCGAGUUAAAAAUAACUCCUCGUGAAAAAUUAAUAGGGAGUUAUAAGUGAGUGUUUUAAUACAAGCUCACAGAGCAGGGCAGAUUCUCCAGGUGGCUGGCGGCUGACAUCACGGAUGUGUUUAUAGAGCACGGGGUGGCCAGAGAGGAGAGUCGUCUGCAGAAGUGAGCUCACCUUCUCUCCCGGAACCCAGAGAGGGAGGAGACAGAAAGAAUUGUUUUGGUUGUGAGCUACUGAGCUAGGUGACUUAUUUCUUUCUCCUUACCCAUCACACUCUCAUAACUGCGGACAUAAAAAUUGUAGUGAAUUUUGCCUGGUUGCUUUGGGUGAAGUAUACUGAAUGUCAGAAUUCAUAAAAUGGCCUUUCUGGUUCUUCUCCUUUCUUAGUAAUGGACCCUUGUUGGCUGCUACACUCAUUUCUCCAGUGUUUCUUCGCCCGACAGACUGCUCCUCUCAUUCUUACAGGCAUUAUGGAGGGAUAGCACAUAUAAGAUGAAAUACGAAGCAGCAGCUUUGAAACCUGAGCACCCGAACUCGGCAGCCUCAAUUCAACUCGGCUUAACUCAGCCUCACUGAACCCAAUCUGAGACUCUCUGCUCACUGGGCUUGCUACAGCACUCCGAUCCUAGAACCCUCUUCAAUUCCAGCUAGAAUGUUGUAUCAGGCACUUCGCAGAUUUGGUCAAAAGCUGGUACGGAGACAUACACUGGAGCAAUACGUGGCUAAGAUUUCCACUGCCGGAAGGCCGAGCACUCUGGAUAUAGUGGCCUUGGGUGUGGUCAACACAGUGGGUGCAGGUGUGUAUGUCCUGGCUGGUGAGGUAGCCAGUGAUAAAGCAGGACCAUCCAUUGUGAUCUGCUUUUUGGUGGCCGCCCUGUCUUCUGUGUUGGCUGCUCUGUGCUAUGCAGAGUUUAGCGCCCGGGUUCCCCAUUCUGCUUCUGCAUAUCUGUACAACUAUGUCACUGUAGGUGAACUCUGGGCUUUCAUCACUGGCUGGAACCUCAUUCUCUCCUAUGUUACUGGUGCAGCCAGUGUGGCCCGGGCCUGGAGCUUAGCUUUUGACAACCUGAUUGGGAACCAGAUCUCUCAGACCUUGCAUGAGAGCAUCCCACUGAAUAUUCCCCAUGUCUUUGCAGAAUAUCCAGACUUCUUUGCCAUGGGCCUGAUGUUGUUGUUCACCGGACUGCUGGCUGUCAGGGCUAGUGAGUUUGUCUUGGUUACUACAGUGUUCACAGUGGUGAAUGUUUUGGUUCUUGGUUUUGUCAUCAUCUCUGGCUUCCUUAAGGGGAAACUGCACAACUGGCAGCUUACGGAAGAGGACUACAUAAUGACCAUGUUUAGACUCAAUGACACUUCUCCCUUGGGCCCUCUGGGCUAUGGAGGAUUUGUGCCUUUCGGUUUCCAGGGGAUUCUCCGUGGAGCAGCGACCUGUUUCUGUGCAUUUACUGGUUUCGACAGUGUUGUUACCAUUGCCGAAGAAGCCCAAAAUCUCCAGCGUUCUGUCCCCAUGGGCAUUGUGAUUUCAGUGUUCAUCUGCUUUUUGGUGUAUUUUGGGGUCUCUUCAGCACUUACGCUUAUGGUGCCUUACUACCAGCUUCAACCUGGGAGCCCCUUGCCUGAGGCAUUUCUCCAUAUUGGCUGGGCCCCUGCCCGCUAUGUCGUGGCUAUUGGAGCCCUCUGUGCUCUUUCUACCAGCAUCUUGGACUCUAUGUUUCUCCUUCGUUGGAUGACCUUCGUGAUGGCAGAUGAUGGCCUCCUGUUCGGUGUCCUUGCCAGGAUAGACUCCAAAACAAGCAUCCCCAUUGUGGCCACUGUGGUCUCGGGCAUUAUCACAGCGUUGAUGACAUCCUUCUUUAGACUCACUGAUCUUGUGGACCUCAUGUCAUUUGGGACCCUGCUUACUUACUCCCUGGUGGCUAUUUGUAUUCUCAUUGUCAGGUAUCAGCCUGAAUUGAAUGAUGAAGAAAAUGAAGCAGAGGCACAGGAGGAGAAUGGGCCUGCAGCAGAGAAGCUGACUCUGUGGAGACUAUUUUGUCCGGGCAGCUCCACCCCCACUCCACUCUCUGGCCGGGUUGUCUACGUUUGCUUCUCACUGCUUGCUCUGCUCCUCCUUCUUCUUUGCUUGGUGCUGGUCCAGUGGCCAGUUCUACUGCUUUUUGAAAACCCACUGUUGAUUAUAGUGGUUGUGCUACUCCUGAUUCUCAUCACUGGGAUCACUGGGGUCAUCUGGAGACAGCCACAGAGCCCCACUCUCCUUUACUUUAAGGUCCCUGCUCUGCCUUUCCUCCCAAUAAUGAGCGUCUUUAUGAAUGUUUACCUUAUGAUGCAGCUGACACUUGGCACCUGGGCCCUCUUUGGUGUCUGGAUGCUGAUUGGGUUUGCUAUCUACUUUGGCUAUGGGAUCCACCAUGCAUGCAGGAUUAACCCCACUUGAGUUAGGACCAGAAUUGUGGACCUUGAACUCUGCAGUGCCUGUACAUAUUCGAUUUUACAUCAUCACACCUGGAUGCUGUCUGGUUUCCUUGCACAAUAAUGGAGGGUACUUUGGAGCACAACAUCAAUGGGAUAUUGAUGGGGAAACACUAAUAGAGCUCUGUAUGUAUUGUGAAGGAUGUGUCUUUGCUCUUUCUCAUCUUUAAAAAAAGGUUUUUUUUUUUUUUUAACUUAUCUGCUUUUCAAUUGUGUCUGUAACUGUUUACUGGUUUUAAAAAGUUAUUAUUAAAAGAAACUAGA